AUGGCGCACCCGCACCACAGGCGCAAGUCCAUGGCGGGCUUCGCCAACCCGGCCACCCUCGGCGUCACGCGGCAGGGCAACGACAUCAAGUUCGACCUCGAGAUGGUCAAAGAGCAGGCCCUGGAGGACCUCGGCACGCAGCCGACGGCCAAGUUCCGCCGCUUCUGUCGCUCCGAGCACACCGACGAGCUCCUCCGGCAGCUCAUCCUCUACUUCAUCACGCGCGUGCAGUGGCAGGGGUUCGAGCAGAUAUCGGUGAAAGCAAAGACGAUGAAUGAAUGGAGCAAGAUCGACACCGCGCGGCAGGCGGUGGGCGGGCGCGGCCAGGAGGCGUUCAAGGCCGAGAUGCUCGAGAACCUGCGCUGCAUCGGACCGCUCUACGCGCGCAUCCUCCUCCAGCACUCGUCGUUCUCGUCCCUGCACAAGGACCGCGUGUUCUUCGAGACGCUGUACGAGUUCCUGCGGCGCGUGAUCGAGUUCUGCUUCAGCUUCAUCCAGAACCUCGGGACGACCAUCGAGACGGAGCUCGGCCGCAUCUUCCGCACGGGGUUCUUCAACCUCUCGGUGCGCAAGGCCCGCGGGCCCUCGCUCGUGGACGAGCUGUCGGUGCGCCGCCUGUACGAGAUGCGGCACUCGGUCGACCAGUCCGAGCUCACGACGGACAUGAUCGCCUCGCUCUACGACCGCCCGCGGCCGUCGGGGCUCCAGGACUCGUACGUCGCCACCUCGGGCCUCAUCUCCGGCCUGCUCCGCCGCACGCACGUCGGGCGCGGGGUCAACACCGACCGCCACGUGGCGCGGACGGCCGUCGACAUCGGCAUGGAGCCGCUCGCGGUCGUCUCCGCGUCGAAGAAGUCGCGGGAGGUCGCGGGCGCCAACAUCAGCGAGUUGCAGGAGCUCGAGUGGCUGCGCAAGGAGCUCGGCGGGACCUCCGACCACGCCGUGCACGAGGCCGUGUCGCGCGCAGCGACGACGGUCCCGGCCGGCGGGCGGCCGUCCGUGGCGCUCGGGGGCGCGGGAGGCAGCGCGGUGGCGCGCAUGGUCGUCGGCACGGCGGGGGCGGAACUGAGUCAGGAGCUGCCGGCCUCCGCGCGGCCGGUGCUGCCACAGAACUCCCCGAGCCCGCCGCCCGAGGAGGAGGACCCGAGCGGCAGCGGACGGCCGCUGUCGGACCAGCGACGCGUCAGCUCCCCGCGGCCCGCGACGGGAAAGAAGGAGGGGCGCACAGUAGGGUUCGCAGAGUAG